AUGCUAUCUCCCGACUGUAAUUCCAAGAAGUGCCUCAAGCAAGCCUUGUGGUACAUCCCAAGUAAAGAUAUGUACGCCUGAGCUAAAUGUCAGAAAGCUAGAGCCACCAAGUACCCUACGGAGCAGAGUAAGAUACUAAGUGACCCUGAGGAAGCUAAGAACACCUUUUUGAGACUUAUCCGAUGUAUUGAGAUUUUUGAAGCUGAGACUGAUGAGAGUGAUGAUGGAGGGAAAGAGAGGGAAUGGGGUAACCUUGAAGGUAUCUUUCAAAGAUAUCGUGAAAAACUAGAGCCACUGCAGAAGCUCCUAGAAGAAGCUGAGACUCAUAAGGUUUAUCAUAAAUUUACUGAAUUAGAAGACCUUGCUUUGAGUAUCUUGUCGAGUCUGCAAGAGGAAGAUUUGUUCAGGAAGUUCACUACUAAAAGAUUCUGUGAUAACCCUGAGGCUGACUCUUCAGAAGCAGAUCUUGAUAGCUUCAAAACAGAAAUCAAUCAGAAACACAAGAAAGAUAUAGAUGAACUUUGCCAGAAAUAUGAAACCGAGAAAGAUAGACUUCUUCAAGAAAAAGAUAAUGAAAUAGCAGCACUUGAACAAAAGAUUAUAACCCUAAGAAGAGAAACAGAAGCUCAAAGCAAAGACAAAGAAAUGGAAGAGAACACUUCAACAGACGCUCACUUAACAAAGAAGAUAGCCUUGAAAAGAGAAACUAAAUUACAGAGAAAAAGAAGCAACCAACAACAAGUCAAAGACUGCGAAGAAAACAAAUGAGAAUCUUAUUCAAAUCAAGAGUUUGAUGCUGUCUGGAAAGAAGCCACUAAUGAAGAUAUGAUAAGUGCUUUGUUUCAAGAGAUUCACUUAGAGAUGAAUAACAUUCUUCAUACUGAAUUUCUUACUAAACUUAAGAAAAGAAUCCCAAACCUUGAAAAAAUCACUAUCAGUCAUAUUCCUGAUGAUCAUGAACAGACUAGAGACACAUUGACUACUAAUUUCCCUGAAGAAGUGAAAGAAUUUCAUUUCCACGUUGGUCGCAAUUAUUGUAGCUUUGAUUACUUUUUCCCUCCUUUAAUAGCUGUUGCUCCUUGAGUACUCGAAACGAUUUCCCUACAUUGGUUUAGAAUGACACAGUCUCAAGUAGAAUCCGUCUUCUCUGCUUAUAGACAUGUAAGUGAGAUUUAUUUUCGUGGUUGCUUGUUAAAAACUGAUAAGGCACUUGAUUUCAAGAACACUAAGAAAAUAUCCAAAAUUAAUAAGCUAUUGUUUAUGCACUGUUGGAAUAGUGGUAAUGUCAAAUUUGGCUUUAAUGCCUCUCAAGUUGUCAAUUUGAUAGCAGGAUUAAUGAAGAUGGAUGGUUUUAAAACUAAUCUCAAGACUACAAAAUUCCUUAACUGCGGAGUAACAAAAGAAGAAGUUAUGAAAAUCUUUGAUUACUUUGGAUUGACUGAAGUUGAAAUUUUGGACUAA